GUCAGCCCGCAUCUCUGGCAGCUCGCGCCUCUCUCCUCUGCUCCCCCGCUCCAGCCGCCUCUCCCUCGCUUCCCUCCCCUCCUCUCACAAACCCUAGCGCCGCCACACCCUGCGCAGCCGCUGCAUCCCUCCCCGCUCUCCACUCGACCGGCCCCAGAUCGAGCGGAUCGACGCCCAGAUCCGCAGCGGCACCGGCACGGGCGCGCCGUCGUCCAGCUGGUCCUCGAGGAUCGAUGGAUGGGGGUGGAACCCUAGCCCCACACCCACCCAUGGAUGACGACGGCAGCGGCCUUCUCUCGAUGGGGUGGGGAGCGAAGCUUCCUGAUGCGGUGGCCCUCGAUGCCUGCGACGGGCUGCAGCACCUAGACUUCAAAGCUGUCGGCCGGCCCCGAUGGAGCCUUGCAGCGGCUGGGCGUGACCAUGCUCUGCCUCCGCUGGUGAGAGCUGUGAGGAGUCAGAGAGGGAGAUUGAGGAGGAGGAAGAUGAUACACCCGGCAGCGCGACACAUGCGUUUCCCAACGGCGCUUGCAACGGGAGAUCCGUGGGGAGGGGGGUCGGGAGGAGGCCCCCAGCGGCGUGCUCACACACGCAUUCCACGACGACCACAUCACCAGCGCCCCUGCCAUCCUCCUCCAAGCCCAUGGCCAGUGGCUCCCCGAGGCCAAGCUAUGUCAGGCUGCAGCAGCAAGAUUGCAGAACUGACGAGUGUAGACUAAGUUGAUGAUCUAUAGGUGUUGCUCCUCUCCCCUGAUGUGUAGUGCAACUAUAAAUAGGGAGAGAAUUGUGUGAGGAGAGCUCUCGUGCUACUGUUCUGAGCUCACUCUUUGACUAAUCUAAAUGUUGUCUCUGCUCACUGAUCGAUCAAGGAAGACACUGAAAUAUCAGCAAGGACCAGCACAAAAAGAAGACCAAUUAAGUUACUUGUGUUUAAGAGUACACUACUUUUGACUUUGGAGUCACACUGGUGCAUGGGGCGUCGCAUGGUCUAUGCUGGAGGUGUUCACAUAUAACAAGUUCACUAUUUGUUCCAUUGGUCAGUUGUAUAAUCUGUGGGCGUAUUUAAGUUGAACUAUGCUCCUUUCUUGGUAUUUGGAGACAAGAUACUGGCAGUUUUUACAUUACAAGACUGUUUAUUAGUUAUCUGUAGUUUUGUAACACUCUCCAUUGUCAAUGGUAGUUCAGAUUCUUCAGGAAGAAUGGGUCUUGUAUUUAUAUUAUUCAAUUGUGCAAUAAUAGAUAGAUAACAAAAGAUAGAUACUUAAGAAGUUUA